AUGAUUCGGCAAGAUUUUCAGAAAAUUGAUCCAAAGAGAAGAGCGACCUUGGACCACAAGAAAAAGCAGUUCGCAUCGCCAGUAUACAAGCAGCAAGACUACCCGCACCGUCUGAAUUUCUAUGAUAUUCCCCCGACCGCGGAGAUCACACUUGAGCAGUUUGAACAAUGGGCUAUCGAUAGACUCAAGGUAUUGGCCGAAAUCGAAGCCUGUUCCUAUCGAAAUAAGUCUGCUGCGGAGACUGCGGUGCACAUCACUCCACUUUUGCAGAAAUAUCUCCCGCUUUCCUCCAAUACAUCCUCUUCCUCCGGUGCAGCAGAUCAGCGACUAAAGAAUGAACGCCAGAAAGAUCAUUAUUCCCACUUCAUCCUUCGCCUGGCGUUUUCAGCAACCGAGGACCUCCGCCGACGCUUCGUGCGGGCGGAGACAAUGCUGUUCAGAUUUCGGUUUCAACAAGAUGACUCACGGGAGAAACGUGCCUUCAUUGACUCCUUAAAUCUGGAUUGGGAACCUGUGAGUGAUGAGGAGAGGCGCGAUGUUGCUGAGAAAUUAGUGAGCGCGACACCCGGUCUGCGGCGUGUCGAUGAGGAGACUUGGUACAAAGUGGACUGGGAGCGAGUACCAGAGCUUGUGGAAAGGAGAGCGGUGCUUCUGUCCAAGGGGAAAGCAUAUGUGCCUGGCAGAGAACAAUUGAGUAUGAUCAUAGCCGAAUUUACGGCACGAUUGGAACGCGCCCUCGAGCUCACGAGCCGGGCUCUCCCACGAUUGGAUGAGGAUGAUCGUCUUACGCCAAUCCUGAAUCACCUGUCGAAGAACUUCGGUAGCGCAGAAUCAGUAUACUCGGAAGGUGAAGGGUUUGUUGAAGGCGCACCAAUUACUGCCAGUAACAUCGAUCGCCUUUCACAGCACUUCCCUCUCUGCAUGCGGAGUCUACACAUGACGCUGCGCAAGAACAACCACUUGAAGCACUUCGGUCGACUUCAAUAUACGCUCUUUCUCAAAGGAAUCGGUCUAUCUCUCGAAGAGUGUAUUGUUUUCUGGCGACAGUCCUUCAAAGGCUUUACAGACGACGAGUUUAAUUCCCGGUACAAAUACAAUAUCCGCCACGCCUAUGGUGAUGUCGGUGGUGACGUGAAUCGAAGAGGUCGGGGAUACCCUCCUUACUCUUGCCAGAAGAUCCUCAACGACUCCAACCCCGGAGUUGGCCAGACUCAUGGGUGCCCCUACCGUCACUUCUCCGUCGAUAAUCUCAUCGGACUGCUUCAGUCCACAGGUGUCCAUGACAAGGACGUUCUACGAGGCGUGCGCGAGGAUGUUGAGAAGACGCGCUAUCAUAUUGCUUGCAACAGAGUCUUUGAAUGGGCGCACAAAACGGAUAUCAAGCGAGUCAAGGAAGACGGUACUUGGAGUCAGACGGAUUUGGACACCAUAGUUCAUCCGAACACCUAUUUCAAGCGCAGCUAUCUCCUCAAACAAAUGGGGAAGCCUCCCAAGGAUGCAUGA